GGAACCAGGUCAGAGGAGAGGGUGAUGGGGCUAAUCAGAGAGAAGGAUGGAAAGCUAAACAAAUCCUAAACCAAGAGAACGUGUGUGUGGGUGCUGAGGGGUAGAAGUUGGGGGCUAGACCAAUAGUGAGGGUGUUAGGACACUGUCAGAUCAAAACUGGUAUUUGUAUACAAUCCUUUUCCAUUUCUUUUUUCCUGCUGGUGUCUCUUCCCAUCUCUUUCUCCCUUCUCUCUUCAGCAGGUUGAGUUUUCCUCCCUCUCCUCCACUAUGUUUCAUUGGGGCUGGAAGGUGUGACUAUGAGAGGCAAUGUCUGGUGGUGUCACUGACCUGCAGGCUCUGCAGAGCCACCUCCAGGCCAUGGACCAAGGGAUGGGAGAUGGCGAGCAGCCAGACGAUCACCCACUGUACAAACUGCCUGAGCCUGGCCUGGAAGGUGCUGUUCUCUGCAGCCCUGACUUCCAACAGCCCCAGGAGCUGGAGCUCCAGGAGUCCCGAGGACACGCCCCCCCAGAAUGUACCAGGUAUGAGGGGGGACAUGCCACAACAGAGUCACCCAGCUGGACCCACUGAGAACUGCGCCCAACCCCAUGGAGCCCUGAGCAGUCUUGGGAGGCCCAGCCAUUCUCUGCUCUGCGUGGAAGAGGAGAUCAAGAACCGGAAAAGACCCAGGCUCUCCAACGGACCCCAGGCCAGUCCCAGCCUUGUCUCUCACUUCCCUCGUGCGCUGAGCGGGCCACAGCCCCAGGGCCCGUCCCCCUUCGGACACGUCCUUCAGAGCAAUAGCCUGGAUCUCCACAGCAGACGUCCCCAGGACGGGCCGCCACACACCAGGACUUUGGACAAUCCCGGAGCCGCUCAUUCUGGGGCCUCGGCGCUCUACAGGCCCAGCACAGAGCAGCUGGAGUCUCCAUCCCUGAAUUACGGACUCGAGGACGGCUGCCCAUGGAGCAGCCGAGCUCCCUCGGGAGGCAGCAGCAUUAGCAGCCGAGCGAGCAAGGUGACGGGUCUCUACGCUGAGCUGGUCAAGGAGCUGGAGCUGCAGAUGUCCGAGCUGCGGAAUCUCCUCGCCUCUCGGGAAGAGGCCGCCAUGUGGCAAGAGAGGAGGAUCAAGGAGCUGGAGCUGGAGAAUCAGCAGUUGAAGAGCCAGCUCCGGAACCUAGAGGAGCAGAACGACCUCCUCUCCAGCAGGAACGGGGCAGGGGCAGCGGCAGGCAGGACGGUGCUGGGGUCCGGAAACGGCGGUGUUGACAUCAACGAGAGCAACAUCCAAUUCCUGAAAGGCCUGGUGGGGCUGCUGGAGAGCAACGCAGCAUUGCAGGCCAAUGGCCUCCAGCCAUUCACCUCUCCCAUUGUGGGGGAGCAGAGGUGCACCCCAGCUGAGGUCCCAAAAAGCCCCCCAGUCUGGAGGAUGCGAGCUGGGGUCCCGAGCGGCUUCCCACCCUGGAUGAGCACAGAGGAUGGCUCGGGGAGCCCUGUCACGCUCAGUGAUGCCGCCUGCUUAUGGGAGGAGAACAUACAAGAUACGCUGCCCGAUGGCACCCCGGUGUGGGCGUCGCCCGUGGAGGAGAAUGGGAGACCCAAGCUGGAGCUGAUCCCCAACUCGGGGGUCUACGUCACCCACCACCAGCUGGACGACCUCUCGCAGGUUUCUACCGACAAGCCCAAGCUGAUGACCAGGCGCCUGCUGGAUUACUUCUUCUCCCGGGAGACGCUCGCCAGGUCUUCGGCCACCGGCCAGCGCAUCGCCCACAACAACACGACCAUGGAGAAACCCAUCCGCCUGCCGGUCGCAGUGGUAAAUGCUAUCAAAGAGUACGUCACCAAAGUGUGCGGCAAGAGCUGCAACUUCAACGCCGUGAUCAACAGCAAGUGUGGCACCUCCCGGAGGGCGGUCAAGAAAAUGAUCAUCAAGAUGGAGUAGAUGGCGCCUGGGCCAGGGCCUCCCAAACGUCCAUCAAGACAACGGCGAACCAGCUCUGAAAACGCUCCUGAGAGGAUCUGUCGUCGCCCCCGCGCCAACGGACGCUGGGGUGCUGGCGGCCCAGGUCCCCUCCCACACAGCAGCUCUGGGGGUGAGUGCGGUGGAGAUAACGCACCCCUCCCGGCACGCGUUACGGGGGCAGCAGUGGCGCAGUUUGAGCUCUUGUGCACUUAGUACAUGCCCCGGGGGGCCUGAAGCGCCUGUUGUGUGGCCGUCCUGGGGCGCUCACUCCUACCCUGCAGACCUCGGUGCGUGCAUUCCUGGGGAGGGGUGACUUACGCCUUCUAAUGAAGCGUCUGGGAUCUGCCGCGCCUGGGGGAGAAGCGAGCUGGCGGGUGUGUUCUUCCGUUCUAACGAGUCCCUGAGGAGGGAGGGAUGAUCUCUGUCCUCUUUCAAAACUCGUCAGCUCCAUUCUGGAAUCCCGGCUCCGUGACGCUGAACAUUAACGCUGCGGCCCUCUCCUCCACCUCUGGGCAAGCGCUUCUCCCAGCACAUCAGACUGGAAGAGGGACAGUGUCGCAGUCACGGCACUGGACUUUCUGGCCAGAGCAGGGGAACUUCUGCUUUGAAACAGUUCUUACCGGACUGUUUACCGGCCGGGCCUGUAGAUAAACCCAGAGCUUUAGUCUGUUGAGUGAGGGGGGAUUCAGUCUCCCUCCCAUCGGGCAAGGUCUGCUCUCCUGCGGAGAGUCGUGGCCUGACUCAACAGGCAAGUUCUCUGCUCGCCUGUAAGAAUUUAACUGUGGGCGAGACAUUUCCCCCCCCCCCCCCCCCCAGAAAGUUCCCAUAAAUCCUCUAUUUCUUGUAAAUAAAACAAUCCUUCCUCUCCUCCCAACUUCCCUAAUAAAGGCUGGAAUGUAACAGUG